GCCACCGCCGCACCAGCAGCAGCCACCGCACCAGCAGCCCGGCGGGCCUUCCGUUCUGCCUAGCCCGGCAUGUCCCGGGGCGGCCGACGCUGAGCGAGGUGGACUCUCUCUCUCCCUCCCUCUUUCCCUCCCUCUUUCCCUCCUUCCCUCCCUCCCCCCGUUCCCCGUCCCCGCUGGCUGCAGCCUCGCCGGGUAGGAGCACCGCGCCGGCGCUGCCUGUCAGGCUGCCUUCCCCUCCUUCCCCUCCCCGGGCCGGGAAGAUGGACCCCGGCCCGCCGCUGGGCUGCAGCCUCAAGGAGGUGAAGUGGAGCGCGGUGGCCGUCCCCCUGGACCUGCUCGUCAGCACCUACCGGCUCCCCCAGAUCGCCCGGCUGGACAGCGGAGAAACUGUAGAAGGCCUUCGAGAGAGCGAUUAUCUUCUGAUCCACUCGUGUCGGCAGUGGACAACAAUUACAGCUCACAGUCUGGAGGAAGGUCACUACGUCAUAGGGCCAAAGAUAGAAAUCCCUGUACAUUAUGCAGGGCAGUUUAAGCUGCUGGAACAAGACCGAGAUAUUAAGGAGCCAGUGCAGUAUUUUAACAGUGUGGAGGAGGUGGCUAAAGCGUUUCCUGAACGAGUUUACGUCAUGGAGGAAAUAACAUUCAACGUUAAGGUGGCUUCAGGUGAAUGCAAUGAAGAUACUGAGGUUUACAACAUUACCCUUAGCACUGGGGAUGAGCUCACUUUAAUGGGGCAAGCAGAAAUCCUUUAUGCAAAAUCUUCUAAGGAGAAGUCACGACUCAACACCAUCUUCAAAAAAAUCGGGAAACUUAAUUCAAUCAGUAAGCUAGGCAGAGGCAAAAUGCCCUGCCUCAUCUGCAUGAACCACAGGACCAAUGAAAGCAUCAGUCUCCCCUUCCAGUGUAAGGGCAAGUUUAGCACCCGCAGCCCACUGGAGGUGCAGAUGCAAGAAGGUGAGCACACAAUUCGCAAUAUAGUAGAAAAAACCAGGCUGCCUGUUAACGUGACUGUGCCGAGUCCUACGCCGAGAAACCCUUAUGACCUGCAUUUUAUCCGUGAAGGGCAUAGGUACAAGUUUGUCAACAUUCAAACCAAGACUGUGGUGGUUUGUUGCGUGCUUCGUGGCAACAAAAUCAUUCCCAUGCAUUUUCCCUUGCACUUGACACUUCCAAAAUUUACUCUACCUGACAGCCUGGUGAAGGGGGAGCUGUGGCAUGAAUCCCUCAUCCAGCACUGGUUCAAUAUUUGCCAAGAACAGUUUGAUAUAGAUGAGUAUUCCCGUGCCGUGCGAGAUGUGAAAACUGACUGGAAUGAAGACUGCAAGAGCCCAAAGAAGAGCCGAUGCACGGGGCACAGCCACGUGCCCAACUCGCUCAGCUACGCGCGGGACGAGCUCACACAGUCCUUCCACCGGCUCUCGGUCUGUGUCUAUGGAAACAACUUGCAUGGGAACAGUGAGGUGAACCUCCACGGCUGCAGGGACUUGUGUAACGAGUGGGCCCUGUUUUCUCACGAUGCUCUUCAGUACCAGGAGUCUGGUGACAGUAGCAGCGAUUACCUUUUUCCUGAAGUUACUGAAGAAUCGAUGUUUCUGCCAACAAAACCAGAACUUCCUUAUGAAGAGUUGUGGUUGGACCAAGGGUCUGGAAAGGCUUGUGACCAGCCUCUCACUCGCUCGCUAAGCGAGAAGAACAAAUGUGGCAACUACAGAGAUUCUUUCCGAUCAAAGUGUGGUAACGCAUCUCUUCCUGUGCCUGCGACUAUCGGAGCAACCACAAAGUCUUCAGAUGUUUCCCUACCUCCACCUCCAGUGCCUCCCAAAUCAGAAGCAGUGAAAGAGGAAUGCAGGCUGCUGAAUGCUCCCCCUGUCCCACCACGGAGUUCAAAGCCGUCCUCCACCAGUCCUUCCAUCCCGCCUCGCACAGUCAAACCUGCACGACAGCAGACCCGCUCUCCUAGCCCUACUCUGUCCUACUACUCUUCGGGACUGCACAACAUCAACGUCACAGAAAGUGACAACACCAACCCAACUGAGAGCACCCCUGUUUCCUGCUACCCUUGUAACAUGACGAAAACCGAAUCCAAAGAGCUUGAGAGCACGAUGCCUUUGGGAAGCUCCUCAGCUGAAGUUCUGCCUUCACGGUUAUCUUGGCCAAACCAUUUUUCAGGAAGUGCUGAAGGCCAGAAUAGGAGUGAUUUCCUGCUAGAUCCAAGCAGGAGCUACAGUUACCCCAGACAGAAGACUCCAGGUACACCAAAGAGAAACUGUCCAGCACCUUUGACUUUUGACUUUGAAGGGUGUGAGCUCCCAGCAGGGUACUCCCCACUGACCCCAACAGAGUUCACAAACACCAUUUCUAGCUGUCCAAAGUCAGCAAGUUACUCCCUAGACUGCACUGAUGAGAAAACUCUGGGAGUCAGCAACACAAAGCAGAGCCAUUCGUGUCCUGCCUUACCUCCUCGGGCACCAAAGUCAAAUGAAGAGAAAACUGUUACAGACAUGUGUCCCUUGCCCCUGAAAAUAGAUGGUGCUGAGGAGGAGUCAAAAUCUGGUUCUCCAGACCUUUUGGAAGAUCAAUAUCUCAUUAAAAAGGGCAUGCAGGAUACAUUCUCUGUGUCUUACCCCUUCUCAUCUCCCCUCCACCUCCAAUUAGCACCAAGAUCUUGUGGGGAUGGCUCUCCCUGGCAGCCACCCACCGACCUUUCUGGACUCUCAAUAGAGGAAGUGUCUAAAUCGCUGAGGUUUAUUGGUCUGUCAGAAGAUGUCAUAUCAUUUUUUGUUACAGAGAAGAUUGAUGGCAAUUUACUGGUUCAGCUUACAGAAGAAAUCCUGUCAGAAGACUUUAAGCUAAGCAAAUUGCAGGUUAAGAAAAUACUACAGUUCAUUAAUGGCUGGCGGCCCAAGAUGUGAUGCCAGCUAGUUAUUAGUGAAACUGUACUAGAUGUGCUCGGUGCACUUCAGCUAAUACAUCACUUCCUGUUUUUUGCACUAAAAGCCCUUCCUGUAAAUAGUAGUAGAAAAAUUCUCACUAUGCAGAUAAACAUUAUUGAGUGGGAACGGAUUACUAUUUUUUUUUUGUAUGUCAAUAAUAAAGGUAGAGAACCUGCAGAGGUGUGCCUUGUGCAUCCCUGAACAUUCAACAGCUGCUAAAAACUGGACACUAAGGGAACUUUGUAGUCUGUUAAGACUUAGUCAUAUUUAUUACUGAACAAUUUGAUGCUGAAAGACACACAUCAAUCCAGUUUACAUUUUUCUGUUAGCUGAAAAAAAAAAAAUAUGUAUUUCUUAUGGGAUUAUUUCUGUUCAAAUAAUAUUUGGCAACAUGCUGUGACUUUCUUCCGUUUCUGUUAACCAAAAGCAUGUUCAGAUAUACAAAAACAUUGUUUUGACACUACAUCUGAAAAUGUUAAGAAUUGCUGUGAAGUGCCACUAAUACACUAAUCUUGCAGCAUAUUUUUAUUAACAGUAUCUUCCUUACUACCUGUAAUGUGGAUACAUUUUCUAUGUUACUUUGAGCAAAAAGAGUUAAAUGGUUUUAAAAUAGAGUCUUGCUCAGCGCAUCGCCCAGAGGGGAGGGAGAAAGGGGAUUUUCCUACUGAGCCACUCUGCCCUGGCCAAUUAAAAGUUUAUGACCUGUAGAUUUCAAAAGUUGCUUUUGUAGUCAGAUGGCUGGAAUAAGUAGCAUGAUUGCUGCUCAUGCAGCUUUCUCAUGGGAAAGGCAGUUUAGUGCACAGACUUUUCUCUGGGCAGACCCUGCCUGCCACAGUAGCCUGCUAGCACAGCCCUUGCAGUAUCCUUGCUCUGGUGAAAGGCAACCCCUUGUGUUUCCUCUGCUGCUGGUACAACCAUCUGAAAAUGCACUCAAUGUGCAAUCCUAUUCCUGCAGUCGGAUCUGUGUGGGAAGUUGAUAGUACUCCUGUAGGAUGCCUUUGAAAUAAAACAUUAGCGAGGUGGGAACAGAAACAGCACAUGGCACGCUGGUGAGCAGGGGGCCAAGUGAGGGUUUGGGCCAUGCCUUGAGAAAUGCUUGUGAUGUUGAAGUUCACCUGUCUGGUUUGCAGUAGGCUAGGAGGAUGUGGGUGUCAAAGUGGGAGGGACUGUAGCAUCCUAAGAUGUGCUAAUUCAGUCGCCCAGCUGCAGAAACUCAAUAGGUGUCACACAAGUAGCAGUCAAAAGGGAGCACAGUGAUGGGAAAGGGGCAUUAGUCUGCCCCCCAGAGACCUUUCAAAUAUAACUGCUCAGAAGGUUAGAAAUAGGAUUCACUUUUUACAAUCUAUUGCUGAUUUCCUGUAGCUGGCAGAGCUCUCUAAAAUGUGUCUAAAUAACCCUAGGAUCCCCCGCCUGUGUUGUACUGAAUACAAGGAUUUGUGAAGAUUCCUCAGGAAACAGUCUGUGGUGUCCAUCCCCAGCAAGUAUGCAUGCCCAGCAUCCUCAGGUAGUCAGCCAGGGAUACUGGAGCAGCUUUGCCUUCACCUGCUGCUGAGCCAGAGCCCUGGCCAGGGUAGCACCAUCACCUGCCUUUCUUACCUUUUUGAAGUACAAAAAAAUAUCUCUCUCUCCAUUGUGGGGAAGGUAGUGGGGACAUCAAGAGAAAAAACAGAGCAAGAACAAAACUGGGAGGCUGAUUUUGCCUGUUUUCUUAACUAUAUUGACUCAUUUAAAAUAAUUUUUUGCAAAUGGAGUUUUCUUUUGCCUGGGCAAAUUCCAUGUCAUGUCUCCAUGAUGUAUCAUCAGGCAAGAUGCAUCAUUUGUCUUUCAAUAAUGCAAACCACCAGUUCCCAACCAGAGAGCAAAGCCCAAUUGAUGUGGGUACAAGAAAGCAGUGAGCCAAAAAAGAUCCCAGUAGAAAAACCCCAAGAGUUCAUAAUCCUACUCUUUUUCUUAAUGUAUUGACUUUUAGCAACAGAUCAAUAGCUUUCUCCGGAUGCUUUUUAAUUAGUUCCUCAAAUAUUUUAGCUGCGAGUAAGACUAAAUCAAGUUCAAGUACUGCACAGAUGUGUAUGAUUGUUGGUAGGCAUGUGCAAGUUGAAGUCAAUUACAUUUUAACCCUCACUAUGUCAAAUGAACUUUCAGAUUUGAAAGGGCCAAGUUUUAAAUACGGGGUACUUCACUGUAUUUUGCUUGGCUUGUUAAUUCCAGGUAUAAAAAGUAGAAUCUCUUUCUGUUUCUCUCAAAAAAAUAAGAGAUUGCAGACUUGAUGAUAUUAACAUUUGAAUAUUGCUAAUGUCCUGGGAUAUUAACAUCCCCAAGAAAUUAUUGGGGUUUUGACUACAGAUAGACACCUGUUCUGUUACCUCUGCUUGCCUGCUGGGAAUGUUUUUUCUUGCAAGUAGCCUGGUGGGAUUUUCAUUCAUGAGUGUGCUGAAUUAACAUCAUAUAUGCAUAGACCAAAAUUCAGUUGGCUUGCUGAAAGGCCUCAAAAAUGCACAGAUUUCAGAAGCAGACCUGUGUGCAAAAAUACAGCCAAAACCUCUACUGCAAACUUGCUAUCGAUGUCGUUCCAGUUGUCUUGUUCUGGCUUGGCAAUGCUUGCUUAUUUUUAUGCAUAGUAUGGCAGAAUUCGACCUUUUCCUUUGCCCUUAGCUGCUCAUUACCUUAAUUUUCCAAGCCUUUUUUAGCAAUUUAGGUGUUCCUAACCUUUGUGUUGUGUGAAUUAUAUGGCUGAAGCCGUGAGGUACCUGCUAUGAUACCCAAGCUGGACUGAAGCAUCUGCUCUAGUGAAAUCAGGAGAGUGAUGAGCAAACCAGGCAGCUGGAGUGCGGUGGCUCAGCCCCUCCACUGUUAUGUAGGUAGCCAGGCUAUGGCAGUGCUGGUGCCCUUAGGAUCUAAUUGAUUUGCUUUCCUCUUGAGCUUCACUGCUGUUGUGUUAGGGGGUCAGGACUGUCCUGGGUGCUGUAGAAGGCAGUCUGAACAGGGCAGACUGAUAUGAACAUGUCUGUCUCACAGGAAACCCCUGGCAACAAAGGAAUGGUGGCACCUUUGAAAUGUGGCAGGAGUAGAGGAGUCCUUCAGGCCUUAGCAGAGAACCACGCAGUCCCUUUGGAAGGAUGGAGUGUAAAACCUUGGAGACUUAAAUCUGUAAAAGGUUACAAAAUGCUGCACUGCCUACAGUACUUUGAGAUGGGCAGUUACUUUAAUAUUCAUGCUGUGAUUAAGAAGUAUCUGAAAGCUCUGGGGAAUACCCCUGUGAUACAAACUUCUUACCACCUACUGUGAGUUGAAGGAGACAGUGCUCAGUGUUUGACUUGCAAAGCAAGCAGCGCUGGGGCACAGGCACUCUCUGGUAGGAGUUGCUUACUGCUGAACUGUUCAUGUGGGUUCUUGCCUGGUUUGGUGCAGCCCAGUCAGCCUGUGCAGUGGGUGACUCCAGUCAGCUGCCAGGCACAGCUCAGAGGUUCACAAUGGGGGAAACCAGUCUCGUUUUGGAGAAUAAUGGCCAUCAGCCAUGUUGAUGCCAGCUGUGUUGGCUGUUCUUGGAGCCUGAGAGCAGGCUCUGGCCCAUUUAGUCUACUGAGAGAGAUGUAGCCAUUGAGUUUGGACAACACCUCCUGCUUUUUGGAGGCAAUCUACUAAAAUAGGCCAGCGCUAACCUUGGACUUCUUUCCUCAGAUUAAAUAUGUGUAAGGCCUCUAGUGCUUACUUAGUUACCAGUGUCUGAAGUUGUGUGUUAUCCUUGGGGUGUUUGUUUGUCUGGGAGUUUUAGUAGCAAGAAAUCUGGCAUGUCAUUCUGGAUGGAGCUCUUUGUCCUGCACCAGGAAACAAAUCCUUUCUAUGCAACAGUCGCAAGGCGGAACAAAGAUUGAUGCUGCCUUCAGUGGUGAAGGCUGGAUUCUAGCACGGGGGCUUUCCUAGAGAUGGACAUGGAAAUGGCCAAGGGGAUGGAUGGGGAGGAAACUUGAGGGGAAAUACCAGUUUCCUUGAAAUGCUCGUGUCUAGGAUUAAGAUUUUGUUUUGUAUUGCUGCCUGGCUGGUUAACCAAAGCUGCAUUGAAAUCAACUCAAAUUGCACAUUUGUGUUCUUAUUCUUGCUGUAUUGUAAAACUGCCUAGGGCCAGAAGCUUAGAGACAGAAAACAUUUGGUCCAUCCAGAAUUUGAAGAAAAAUGUAUUUUGAAGUGUUCUUUGCAGCUAGAAGCAAGAGUCUGAAGUAACUGUGUAUUGCACAGUUUUUUUCCAGUACAGCAGUUUCACUUCCACUUUAAUUGACUUUAUUCCACAACAACAUCUUCAAGAGAAACAGCAAUAAGUAGUGAUGCUAUCUCACAACACACUGUGUUUCAAAUCUCUCCAUGAAUACUUGCAGUGUUUUACCCUAUGUUUUCUUCUUGAAUCAACUCCUUGGUUUUCUCCCCUCUAAAUCAAGUGUGCUGGCACCAGCUUCUUGCAUGCUGCCCAGCAGGGUGGCUGCCUGCAAUGCAGGUCAGCAAAGUCCUGCCUGCAGGCCAGGCAGGAGAUACACCAUGCUACUUAAAAGCUGAACACCAGCUCUAUGGAAAAGGACCAGGGCUUAUCCCAGCUCUCCUGGCUCCUCUUUUUGAUGUUUUGAAAUGGCAGCAUUCCCAUGUACGAGCUGGAAGGUACGAAUUAAAUCUUAAUUGAAGCGAAGGAUCAGCCAUUUUUAUUUGUGGUUUUUGAGACAGCAGGGCAGUAGGGAAAAGCAGGCCCUUUGUUGAGACCUAGCAAUAAAUGACUCUUCAUUUGUUCUGUCUUGAACUCCUGAUAGUCUGGGAGUUAUUCAGACUGUGUCAUUUCUGUGUGUGAUAACCAAAUUUUCAGUGUGAAAAUUUGCAGAUUGUUUAUCUUGACUUGGACAAUCUUCUGAAUUAUAUUAAAAAUAUCUGUUAGUUCUUAGCUCUUUAGGUUCACUUUGGGUAGGUCAAAAAAGUAACACUUGGGAAAAUAAAGAGAAAGCCCUAAAACUUUGGCUUAGUACAUUUCCGUUAUAAAACGAAGCAUGGUUUUUGUGGAAUUCUGUGCUGUUUUGGGCUUUUGUGUAAAAGACUGAUGGCAGAUUAUUAUUUAAAGCAGGUGCAAAUAAAUAUCCCUGUAAUGUAUAUGAACAAAUUUAAACCAUGUAUUGUAAGUAUAUAAACUGUAUAUUAAAGAUACUAUUUUCAUGAUA